CGCCAUCUUGGGAGUGGAGGGGGAGCAGUUUUGUGUUAAGGAUGGAGCGAUAUAACAGCAACGGGACGGUGAACGGAGGAACGGACCCUGGUCUUCCAGUCUUCCGGUGUGCAGCCGCGCUCUGAGUGCCCCAUCUCUUCUAGCAGAAGCCACGGUGAAGCGAUCCAAUGCACUUCAGAAUGAACGACUUGAACCUCAGCACUGUGGGAAUGGACCAGCUCAGCACUUCCUCAGUUGCCAACGCGUUGCCUGCCUCGGGGGGUCAUCAUGGGCUAACUGGCUCCCCUCCCCACAAUACCAUUUCUGCUACAGGUUUGCCUGUGGCCAUUCCCAAUCUGGGCCCGUCGCUGAGCUCCCUUCCGUCAGCGCUCUCCGUCAUGCUUCCGAUGGGUAUAGGGGACCGAGGUGUGAUGUGCGGCCUGCCGGAAAGGAAUUAUACGCUGCCCCCUCCGCCCUACCCUCAUCUAGAGAGCAGCUACUUCCGCCACAUACUGCCUGGUAUCCUCUCGUAUCUAGCUGAUCGCCCUCCCCCCCAGUACAUCCACCCCGGCUCGCUGAAUGUUGAUGGAAACGGUGGGCUCUCUGUAUCUAACCACAAUCCCUCUCUGGACCCCUAUCAGCCGGGUGGCUCCGUCGGCCUCGAGAACGGCAUCGUGUCGCUGGACGCUCGCUCGGUCGGUGGCCACGCUGCUCAGGGUUUACAUCCCGCUGAUGGCCACGAGGUGCAGCUGGACACCGGGAUCAGCAUGGACAAUGUAUCCCGAGUAAACAGCCCUAUUACGACCGACCGCAUUACAGAGGAACUUGGCAUGGAAAGCGUGGCCGGAGAUCACGGGCAGAUCUCAAACGUCCAGCGCUCUCAUGAGACUCUCGCAGUAGAUGGUAACCUACCUCCGGAUGGUGUCGGUCACGCCGGUGUCCUGCCUUUGCACAGUGGCUCGCUGGAGCUUCCCGUGGUCAUGGAGACCGAGCAUCACUUGGCGGCACGGUCCGGCAUGUCGGAAAGCAGCCUCGGCGAUGCCAUUCACACGGUAGCCCUGAGCGGUAACCCGGUGAGCGUGGCGCUGUCUACCUCCCACCCGCUCUCGUCCUUAACCUCGGUGUCCCUGCACGGCGCUGGGAUGAGCCUGGAGCCCGUCACCGUGUCUUCCAUAACCCAAGAUGUCUCUAUGGGAGGUGGGCACGUUGAUGCCGGAAAUCUGACGUUUGUCCCGUCCUCCCUGCAGAUCGAUUCUAACACUAACAAGGAGAACGUGCCAACGCUCUUUACGAUCUGGUGUACUCUGUGUGAUCGCGCGUAUCCGGCUGAUUGCCCCGAGCACGGACCUGUCACCUUUAUACCCGACAGCCCCAUCGAGAGCAGGGCUCGGCUCUCCCUUCCCAAGCAGCUGGCUCUGCGGCAGUCGGUCACCGGAGCCGAUGUAGGUGUUUGGACGCAAGAGACCAUCCCGGUCAGGACUUGCUUUGGGCCCUUGAUCGGGCAGGAGAGCCAGUCCUUGGAGGUCGCCGGCUGGACUGACAAAUCUGCCAACCAUAUCUGGAAGAUGUAUCACAGCGGAGUGAUGGAAUUCUGCAUCAUCGCAACUGACGAGAAUGAAUGUAACUGGAUGAUGUUUGUACGGAAGGCAAGGAACCGAGAGGAACAGAAUCUGGUGGCUUAUCCUCACGAUGGGAAGAUAUACUUCUGUACGUCACAGGAAAUUUCACCUCAGGAGGAGCUUCUCUUCUAUUACAGCAGGGACUAUGCCCGCCAGAUGGGCAUUCCCGAGCAUCCCGAGGUCCUCCUGUGUCAUUGUGGAAAGGAGUGUUCGUCUUACGCUGAUCUCAAGUCGCACAUGAACAGCCAUCUCCCCAGCGAGCCCCUGAGCAGCGGAGCCUCCACUCCUGGGCUGACUCCCACCAAGCAGCGCAAGUGGAAAUGCUCCAUGUGCCCGCGUGCGUUCUCCUCCUCCUCCAAGCUCAACGUGCACUACAUGGUCCACAUGGGGAUGAAGCCUCAUAAGUGCGAGUUCUGCAGCAAGGCCUUCUGUGACCCCAGCAACUUGCGGACCCAUCUCCGUAUACACACAGGCCAGAAGAACUACUGCUGCGGUUUAUGUGAUAAGUCCUUCACCCAGAAGGCUCAUCUGGCGUCGCACAUGAUCAUUCACACCGGCGAAAAAAAUCUCAAGUGUGACUUUUGCGAUAAGAUGUACAUGAGGCAGCAGGACCUCAAACAACAUGUUCUCACCCAUAAUCAAGAACGCCAGAUAAAGUGUCCCAAGUGCGACAAGCGUUUCUUCCGGACCAACCACUUGAAGAAGCACCUGAACUCCCACGAGGGAAGGAGAGACUAUGUUUGUGAAAAGUGCUCCAAAGCCUUUCUCACCAAAUACCACCUCACCCGACACCUAAAAAUCUGCAAGGGGCCGAGCGUCGCCCCCCUCACCCCCGACCCGGACGAGGAAGACGACUCCUCUGAGGACGAGGAACUGCACAGCACGGACUGUCACGUGUUCAGCGCGGAGGAGCACCUUCCGGUGCAUGCGUGACCCCAGCCACGCUUUCUAUUUAUUUUAUUUAUUACCUGUGCCGGUGGCUCACUUAUCGCGACAGAGUUUCUGGAGCAGGAUAAAGUAGAUCAGGAGUUGUGAGGAAAAAAUAAACAUUUUGUGACUGGCUCCAUUUUUUUUUUAAUUUUAAAAAGCAUCAAAGAUGUGUAUUAAAUGCGUGCUCACGCAAUAACGUA